AAUAUAUAUACAUACAUACAACUUUAUCACGGUCGUCUGUCUUUGGAAAACGAGACACCUUUUUUUUGGUAGGGAUUCUGUUCAGGCCUUAAAAUGCAUCACAGCAGGCCAUUGUCUUCACACAUUUGAGGCAACGUAUUACCAGAUAAGACUUGAGGGAAUUUUUAAGUGUUUGGCCAAGCCUAUGUGGCCCACAGAAGGUCAUCCCGUUGGUCCCCCAAGAUGAUAAUAUAAUCCUGAUUAUUUACAUAUGUAGAUCACUGGCUUAUCAGUAUCCCAUUACAUUAAAGACACCAUUUAGGUUUUCUUUAAUCGUAUUUUCCACUUCCUGUUCUUGUAGUCAGGGUGGUUGUGGGAAGGAUUCCUAAUGACCUGUGUCCUUGGGGAGACCUGAUUAUUAUGGAUUAUGUAAAUCACUCUGUAAAUUCACUCCCUCUCAAUCAUUUGUGUGUGAAGUAUAUUAUAAAGCAAAAGUUGAAGAUUGAAGUAGAGAUUGCAGAUCCUGUAUUCGCUCCAAGUCUAAUGUUAGGAUUUCAUUAUGUCUAUUUCAAGAGCAAGUGUGAAUAAUGGCCUCUAAAAGCACACAAUGAUGAUAAUACAAACUAUUGGAUCAAAAUCUUUGACAUUUUCUUCCCCUCAAGUGUAGCAGGCACUUCAUUCGGCUUUUCUAGUUAAUUCAAAAAUGAGAAACUCUGCUGUUCCAGAAUGCUUAUUUUCCAUAAUUAUGUAGAAAUGCUGCUGAAUAGUAUAGAGACUGCCAACAGUAAAAAAUAAUUUAUAUUGGCUUAUAUUGAAAGCAGUAAACUUCCUUCCAAAGCUAGCAUCUUGUGAGGCUGAGGAAAAUUCUAAUGUAUUAAAGAUUUUAAAAAUUAUGUUCUUGUAAUUACAGAUUUUUAAAUCAACAGCAGUGAAAAUGAAAAGGACAAUUGUGAUUUUUGUCUCAAGCAUUAAGAGCAUUUUCUAAACUAAGUGUUACAAUUUAAAUACCUUGGUAUGAACAUUGCAAAACUCUUGCUUUGCUUGUGCAAUUGAUUAAUUUGACUAUUGUAUCAAAUUGUUUCGUAAAGCAAAAGAAAAAAAUCCAGACUUAAUCUGAAAGUUUAAUUUCGACUGGCUGAUACCAGUACAAGCAGAAGGCUACCUAUUGACCAUCUCUACACUAUUGAAUUCUGAUGGAGAAAGACAGGGAUAACAAACAUUGAGAGCUAACUCUAUACAUUUAUUCGUCAGUCGUCUUAAUAAACACAAUCCACUUUUCAUUAGCAUUAAUGAUAAAGAAUAAAAUAGAACAGAACAGGAGUUGGAAGGGACCUUGUAGGGCAUCUAGUCCAACCCCUUGCCCAAGCAAGAGACCAUACCCCAUUUCUGACAGAUGGCAGUCCCGUCUCUUCUUCAAAGCUUCCAGUGAUGAAGCUCCUACAACUUCUGAAGGCCAGCUUUUCCAUGGGUUGAUAGUUUUCUCUGUCAGAAAAUUUCUCCUUAUUUCUAGGUUGAAUCUCUUCUUGUUCAGUUUCCAUCCAUUAUUCCUUAAUAUAUAUAUUGUCUUAAUAUAUAAGACAACAACACAACCCUCUUGUCUAAGUUCAGACCAAAGAGGAAAAAUCUUUCUUGAAAUGAAUCACAUGUAGUAUAUUCUCAUCCUGUUGGAGCUCCAUUUUUGGGGUGGGGGGUGGUGGUGGGGGGUUUGUAUAUAGAUGUCGUAUCUUUCCUCUUAGACCCUUUUCUCAUUGUUUGCAUUGGUGCUGGCAGGCCUUGGUAAUUCCAAUCUUUCCCCCUGAUCCUAUAUCCCUUCCUCACUGAUCAUAUAACACUGUAUCUAACUCAAAUACAGAUUCAUGCCAAUCUUUCCAGCUAGGAAAAUGAUUAGUUUUCACUGCUUAAUCUCUCACAAUUCUCCUGGUCAUUUUAGUGACGUGAGUCCCUGUGAUCAAGUCAGGGUUGAGGAGUCAUUGGUAGAUUCCUGGAGCGAUGCCUGUACCUCAAGAAGGGGCAGGGAACAUGUGCCAGUGCCUCUUCGUUACACAUGGACAAACAAGAUACAACAAAGAGAAGAUAAUGCAAGGUCAGGGUGUGGACGAGCCUCUCUCAGACACCGGAUUCAGGCAAGCCGAUGCAGCUGGGAUGUAUCUCAGUCAUAUCAGAUUUACUCAUGUCUUCACCAGUGACCUGAUUCGAGCAAAGCAGACCACAGCCUCAAUUCUUAGAAAUAGCCAGCACUGCAAAGAGAUUCCUGUAAAAUGUGACGCCCGCCUUCGAGAACGGAAAUAUGGAGUGGCGGAAGGGAGGCCUCUCACUGAUCUUAAAGCCAUGGCCAAGGAAGCUGGGGAACCAUAUCUCUCUUUUACCCCCCCUGAAGGAGAAACCCUGGAUGAAGUAAAAGCCCGCGUCAAGGAUUUCUUUGAAUACCUUUGCAAUCUGGUUGCCCAGGAGGCACGUCUAGAAAAACGGGUUUCUCUGGGGACAGAAGCCGAUGCGGAAACGGCAGAAGGAAGUCCUGCCACUUCAUUGCCAAACCACCACGGUGAACCGGAGAGCGGUUCUAACUCUGAAGGAGCUGCAGGAGGAGGGCUGGCAGCCAACAUCCUGGUUGUGAGUCAUGGAGCCUACAUGAGAAACUGGAUUGGCUACUUCAUGUCAGACCUGCAGUGUAGUUUGCCGGCCACGUUGACAAAGGCCGAGUUGUCCUCGGUGACUCCCAAUACCGGGAUCAGCCGCUUCAUUGUCAAACUGGAAAUGAAGGAGAGCCUCCUUCCCCCUAGAAUCCUCUGCCUUUCUCUCAAUAGAAGCGACCACUUACGUGACAUGAGUGACAGCUAAGAGGCAGGUAGAUGUGCGACGUUUAACCCAGGAAGGAAAUUAUUUAUGCCCCGCGUGGAAUCGCCAUAUUAUCUUCUCAAUUAUGUUUGGAAAACGUUAGCUUACCAGAAAGAAUUUUCUGCUAAGGGAUGUGAACCUCCAUUUUGCGUCCGACUUUCUUUACUAGUUUGCCCUUGUUGAAAGUGAGGGGGAGAGAGAAGAAAACAGCAUUGCCUGGUGGGAAAGGUGAUCUUCCAGGAGAAGCUUCUGGAACUGAUUGCUGUUCUAAAUGCUCUCCCACCUGGGAGCCAUCCAGGAAAGGGCAGAAUUUGAAUAAUACUGCCGUAUAAAUUAACCAGUGAUCUUUAGAUCAGCGUUCUCCCCCCCCCCAACCUGUCGGGUGAGGUGGUGGCAGCAGCAGGGGGAGGAGAGAGGAUUAUUGGGGGGCACGUGUGCUGCUUUCACAAAUGUAGCUGUGCACGUAAUGUAUCCCCUCUUCCUCCCUGCCACCGUCUCUGCCAGUCCCGAAAGGUUGGGGUUUUACAAAUGCAGCUGUGCGCAGGCGCACACCUGUGCAUUCACCCACCACUCCCACAGCCCAGUUUCAAAGGUGCCAUGAACCAGGAGCUGGGAACCCCUCUUUUAGAUGAUUUAAUUAGGAUCAGACCGCGAACCAGAGUGUAAUCUAGCUUCCCUUUUUAAGAGCAUGGCCUCUACAAGGGUGGAACUGGAUUUCUGCUGGACCGAAUGCGGUGUGGGAUGAUCCCAUUAGAAAGCUUAAAUGCAGAGUAGCUAUGGCUAAGAAAGUUAAAAAAGUAAAUAAACCCCUGUCUUUUGUUUUAAUUAUUUUAAAUAACUUGGACAACUUAGAAUCCUUUAGGUCUGUAGAGAUUCUCAGUCAUCCAGGUCAUGGUGCUUUUUUCAGGGGGCAACUGGACUUGUUUUUCUUUGAAGACCUUUCGCUUCUCAUCCAAGAAGCUUCUUCAGCUCUGACUGGAUGGCAGGGAAUGGAAGGAUUGAUACUCCUUGCAGACAGCUGAUCAUUUGCAUCCUUUUAGAGGGUUGUUGAGGCCACUUGGUGGUUUAUGUGUGUCCUCCGGGUGGCCUCAAGGACUGUCUGAAAAGGAUGCAAAUGACCAGCUGUCUGCAAGGAAUAUAAAUCCUUCCAAUCUCCACCAUUCAGUCAGAGCUAAAGAAGCUUCUUGGAUGAGAAGUGAAACAUUUUCAAAGGAAAAGACAAAAUAGUCCAGUUGCCUCCUGAAAAAAAAAACACCUUUAGAAUCCUUCAGUAACUGUAUUAAUAAAAAAAAAUAGGAGACAAAACCAGAUCUGAUCCUGCAAACAACUCCUCUCUCUCAGUCCAACUGUGUGCUAAUGCACACUGGUCUCCUAUUAGGACUUAGUUUGCUUUAGGAGAAUUUGCACAAGGGAGCUCCCUGGUGGAAUUUGCCUUAAGUUCAUUGCAAGAAAUUCCCUGGAAAUAAUCAUGCAGUAAAUACAUAUCCGGUUUUUUUCUUUAGAAAAAGAUACAAAUGCUAUAGAGCCAAACCAUAUUCUAAGAAUAAGCAAGAUGAAGUUGGGCCUUCCAUGUCAUUUUUGGCAACAUACUCAAAAAGCCAUCAGAGAACUGAGAGACUGGCGAUGGUUUCUUCAACCACUACUCUGUGGUCGCUACUGAGAAUUAAAAUAAUCGUGCGCUGUUGUUGUUUUGUCACCUUGUGUUGGCCAGUAAAGCUGUCGCUCUAAUGUGAAUUAUUCUGAAACAUUCUGAUACUCGUGGGCAUUAAACUUGGGUUGUGAAUGGUUUUGUUGUGAGGCCCGGUCCCUUAUUCAUGGAGGUAAGAUAACAUAUUUCUCUUGUCACAUGGAGACCAAACGCACAAGUCUUUAUGCUGCAUACAAACACUCAGAAAUUGGUUUAUGGCUA